AUUAAAACAUAGUAGAUAAACCAUUUUUAUAGAGUAUAUUCAGAGAGUAAUAAUGGUGGUACGUACUUAUAUUAGUAUGGUGUUUUCUCUAUACUCUCUCCUCAUUGGUUUUUAAUUAAUGCUUCUCUACUGCAUCGGAUUAGUAAAGAACGAAAGACGGACGAAGAUAUGAACCCUACAAGUACCACCUUCGAUUCUACCAGUGACCAGAAUCCAAUCAUUGGUCAUCAUCGGAUUAGCAUUCCUUCUGCUCAACAUAAUCAACCACAACGACCGUUAAAUCUACCUCGUCCAGAUCUACUUGUUGGAGGAAGAGAAGACUACAAUGAAAUUUGUGUUCCUUCGUAUAAAGCAAUAAUUACUGGGAAUUGGAAAGCUACGAAAAUCAUCCUUGACAAGCGCCCAGAGCUGGUAGGGUUUAGCAUCACCGAAAGUUACGAAACAGUACUUCACAUUGCAGUAUUGGGAAAAUCAAUCUGGUUUGUGGAAUAUCUGGUCAGUUUGAUGGCAAAGGAGGACUUGGAACUUCAAAACGGGAAUGGUCAAACUGCCCUUUGUUUAGCGGCUAUAGCCGGACAUAUCAAAAUAGCCAAGAUUUUAGUGAAAAAGAACAGGGCCCUGCUGGAUAUUCCUGAUAGUCAAGGAAUGAUGCCACUCUACAUGGCUGCAUUAUUUGGAAAUCAUGAAAUGGUAAAGUAUCUGUAUCAUAAUUCUCAGAAAAUGACUGGUCAGUUCUGGACACAUCAAAAUCGAGAGUGUGUUCUUGUGAAAUGUGUCGAGGCUAAUCUAUUUGAUGUUGCAUUACAAAUAGUGACUGACAUCCCAGAACUUGCUAUAAAUGGGAGAGUGCUUGGACUAUUGGCUCGAAGACCUUAUGCAUUUGAUGCUAAAACGCCUAGUAUUAUUCGGAGAAUCACAAUUACAUUUUUUACAGUGUGUCGUCUGAAGAUGAUUCCUGAACUGGAUAGUCAUGCCCUGCAGUUACUAAGAGUCAUUUGGACAGAGAUUGUGAAACAGCCCAAGGCUCAAAUUGAUGAGAUAAUAAGAGGGCCACCUGACCCAAUUAAGGAUGAUGAAAAGCAAACACGUUCUGAAAAGGACAAACAAGAAGCACUGGUACUGCUUAGAACCAUUUCAGAGAACAUUGCUAAAAUGCCUGCUAAAAUUUUUAACCUAUUCAGAGGGCCGCCUGAUGAAAAGGAAAUGAUUUGGAAAGACGUGAAGCCAAAAUACUCUUCUCGAGUGCUAUUUCUUGCUGCAGAAAUGGGUAACACUGCAUUUGUGGUUGAGGUUAUUCGGCAAUAUCCGCAUCUAGUACGGGAGGUAAAUGAUAAUAAUCAAAGUAUAUUUCACGUUGCUGUCUCACAUCGUCAUGAGGGUAUCUACAAUCUGUUGUAUGAGAUUGGCUCGCUCAGGAAUUUGAUAAUUACUCUUGAAGACAAAAAUGGCAACAAUAUGUUGCAUUUAGUUGGGGAGAGUGCAAAGAUUAAUAGACUGCAGAAAAUCCCAGGAGUGGGUCUGCAAUUACAUCUAGAAACAUUAUGGUUCAAGGAAGUAGAAGCCAUACUCCCUCCUCCAUUUCGAGAAAAGAAAAACGCAGCUGGUCUAACACCACAUGAAGUAUUCACCAAGAACCACAAAGAUCUAUUUUCCAAAGGUGAAGAGUGGAUGAAAGAAACUGCUUCUCAAUUGAUGGUGGUCGCGUCACUAAUAGCCACCAUCUCAUUUGCAGCAGCAUUUACGUUUCCAGGUGGAUAUGAUCAAGUAACUGGUAUGCCCAUCUUCCUGAAAAAAGAACUUUCCAAGAUUUUCAUAAUAUUUGAUGGCUUAUCGUUUAUAUCUGCUACAAGCUCAAUCCUGCUGGUCUUGUCUAUCCUGGGGUCUGAUUAUACUGAACAUGAUUUCAUGAUUUCGUUACCCCAACAACUGAUGAUAUGUCUAGCAUCACUUUUCAUCUCUAUAGCGACCAUGAUCCUCACUUUUCUUAUCAACUUUUUACUACUUUAUCAGAACAAUUCUAAAUGGAUACCAAUUUUUAUAAGCUCUUUUGCUGCUAUCACAUACAUGAUAUUUGGUAGCCCAAAAUUUCCUCUUCUAGGUCGCUUUCUAUAUGGUUCUAGAUUUCUUUUCCAAAGAGAGAGUAGAAUGCUUAAGAAACCGAUCUUUUAGCCAUUCAACUUCUGUAAGGCAAUCGGUUGAAAGUUGAUGAUUUAUACGUGGUUGGUGGUGUAUAUAUCAAAGGCGUUUUUUGUUGGUGU